AUUUGAUAACUUCUCUUUCAUUAGAAUGUGAGCAUGUGGUAGAAGUGUUCAAGAAGUGGCUGAAGGAAGGAAGAAAGUGCCACUGCCUAUCAGAAACUGAAACAAAACAUGGGAAAUACAACCACCAAAUUCCGCAAAGCACUCAUCAAUGGUGAUGAAAACCUGGCUUGCCAAAUAUAUGAAAAUAAUCCCCAGCUAAAAGAAUCCCUUGAUCCAAAUAUAUCCUAUGGAGAGCCCUAUCAGCACAACACUCCAUUACACUAUGCUGCUAGACAUGGAAUGAAUAGAAUAUUAGGGACUUUUCUUUUUGGUAGAGAUGGAAACCCAAAUAAACGGAAUGUGCACAAUGAAACAUCUAUGCAUUUGUUGUGUAUGGGACCUCAAAUCAUGAUAGCUGAAGGAACCCUUCAUCCUCGCUUAGCACGCCCUGUGGAAGAUGAUUUCAGAAGGGCAGAUUGUCUGCAGAUGAUCUUACGAUGGAAAGGAGCAAAACUUGACCAGGGUGAAUACGAGAGAGCAGCUAUUGAUGCUGUUGAUAACAAAAAGAACACACCGCUUCACUAUGCUGCAGCCUCAGGGAUGAAAGCCUGUGUGGAGCUUUUAGUAAAACAUGGAGGAGACUUGUUUGCUGAAAAUGAAAAUAAAGAUACUCCUUGCGAUUGUGCGGAAAAGCAACACCACAAAGACCUAGCCCUCAGUCUGGAGUCUCAGAUGGUGUUCUCUCAGGACCCAGAUGCUGCAGAAAUAGAAGCAGAGUAUGCUGCAUUAGACAAACGAGAGCCAUAUGAAGGACUCAGGCCCCAGGAUCUUCGUAGGUUAAAAGACAUGCUGAUUGUGGAGACAGCAGACAUGCUGCAGGCCCCUCUGUUUACUGCUGAAGCGCUGCUUCGAGCUCACGAUUGGGACCGGGAGAAAUUACUUGAAGCUUGGAUGUCCAACCCUGAGAGCUGCUGCCAGCGGUCAGGUAUACAGAUGCCAACUCCACCACCAAGUGGGUACAAUGCCUGGGACACGCUUCCUUCCCCAAGGACUCCAAGGACCACGCGCUCUUCUGUUACCUCUCCAGAUGAAAUCAGUCUGUCUCCUGGGGAUUUAGAGACCACUUUGUGUGACAUCUGUAUGUGCAGUAUUUCUGUAUUUGAAGACCCAGUGGACACGCCCUGUGGACAUGACUUCUGUAGAGGCUGCUGGGAGUCGUUUUUAAAUCUGAAAAUUCAAGAAGGUGAAGCCCAUAACAUUUUCUGCCCUGCAUAUGAAUGCUUCCAACUUGUGCCUGUAGAUGUCAUAGAAAGUGUCGUUUCUAAGGAGAUGGACAAACGAUACCUGCAGUUUGAUAUUAAGGCCUUUGUUGAAAAUAAUCCUGCCAUUAAAUGGUGUCCUACUGCAGGCUGUGAAAGAGCGGUCAGACUAACAAAACAGGGGUCAAAUCCAUCUGGUUCUGACACACUCAGCUUCCCCUUGCUAAGAGCCCCUGCUGUGGACUGCGGCAAAGGACACCUCUUCUGCUGGGAGUGCCUUGGUGAAGCCCACGAGCCUUGUGACUGCCAAACAUGGAAAAAUUGGCUACAAAAAAUAACUGAAAUGAAGCCAGAAGAACUUGUUGGAGUCAGCGAAGCCUAUGAGGAUGCUGCCAAUUGUCUGUGGCUGUUAACCAACUCCAAGCCUUGUGCGAACUGUAAGUCUCCAAUACAGAAGAAUGAGGGCUGCAAUCACAUGCAGUGUGCCAAGUGCAAGUAUGACUUCUGCUGGAUUUGCCUGGAAGAAUGGAAAAAGCAUAGUUCUUCUACUGGAGGUUACUACAGAUGUACCCGCUAUGAAGUCAUUCAGCACGUAGAGGAGCAGUCCAAGGAGAUGACUGUGGAGGCUGAGAAGAAACAUAAACGGUUUCAGGAACUUGACAGAUUUAUGCACUAUUAUACAAGAUAUAAAAACCAUGAGCAUAGUUAUCAGUUAGAACAACGCCUUCUUAAAACAGCCAAAGAAAAGAUGGAACAAUUGAGUAGAGCUCUCAAAGAAACUGAAGGAGGCUGUCCAGACACCACUUUCAUCGAAGAUGCUGUGCGCGUUCUCCUAAAGACUCGACGCAUCCUCAAGUGUUCUUAUCCGUAUGGAUUUUUCUUAGAACCUAAAAGCACAAAGAAAGAAAUUUUUGAACUAAUGCAAACAGACCUAGAAAUGGUCACUGAAGACCUUGCCCAAAAAGUCAAUAGGCCUUAUCUUCGUACACCUCGCCACAAGAUCAUUAGGGCAGCGUGCCUUGUACAGCAGAAAAGGCAAGAGUUCCUGGCAUCUGUAGCUCGUGGUGUGGCUCCUGCAGACUCUCCAGAUGCUCCCAGGCGCAGCUUUGCCGGUGGAACCUGGGAUUGGGAAUAUUUAGGAUUUGCGUCACCUGAGGAAUAUGCUGAAUUUCAGUAUCGGAGGAGGCACAGACAGCAGCGCCGUCGAGGAGACGUGCACAGCCUGCUCAGUAACCCUACAGACCCGGAAGAACCAAGUGAAAGCACCUUUGAUACACCGGAGGGUGGCAGCAGCCGCAGGCCUGGCGCGUCCGUGGUAAGCUCUGCGUCUAUGAGUGUGUUGCACAGCUCUUCCCUGCGUGACUACAGCCCUGCCAGUCGCUCUGCAAACCAGGACUCUCUUCAGGCUCUGAGCUCCUUGGAUGAAGAUGACCCCAAUAUACUUCUUGCCAUACAGCUGUCACUGCAAGAGUCCGGGCUGGCCAUCGACGAAGAAACCAGAGACUUCCUUAGUAAUGAAGCAUCCCUGGGAGCCAUAGGCACUUCUUUACCUUCGCGGCUGGACUCUGUACCCAGGAGCACAGACAGUCCUCGCGGUACGCUGAGCAGCUCUGAGCUACUGGAGCUUGGGGACAGCCUCAUGAGACUAGGAGCAGACAGUGACCCGUUUUCAACUGACAGUUUGAGUUCUCACCCCCUCAGUGAGACACGAAGUGAUUUCUGUCCCUCUUCCAGUGACCUUGACUCAGCGGGCCAGGACCCCAGUGCCAGUGACAAUCUUCUUGGCAAUAUUAUGGCUUGGUUUCAUGACAUGAACCCUCAGAGUAUUGCCCUGAUCCCUCCGGCAGCAGCCACAGAAGCUAAUGCUGAGCCUCAGCUUCCCAGGGUCAGGGAUGGGUCAGAAGGUGUGAGGGACGCGGGACUGCUGCCACCGGAAGACUCAGUGUCCAGAGACGCUGGUGCCCGUGAAGGUGGGACGACCCAGAUGGAAGGAAAUCCUCUGGAAGAGACUAUUCUGGCCAGGGAAGAGUUGUCUCAAGCUGGUGACAGUCAUGAUGAGGCAGUCAGCAGAGGGGACGGGUCAGAUGCUGCCAGUCAAACCCCUCAGACCUCAAGUGACUGGCUCGGGCAAGUACAUUUAGUAUGAAAUGCACACAUUUGCUCUCCGGGUGAAUCACAGUACGGGGCUCUCCUAGGCGGCAUACGCUUUAUAGAGACUUUGACGCACUUAAUCUGAACUCAGUUAUAAACCACUGAUGCUAGGAUUGACUGCAAAGGAGUUCCCACAGACGGUAGCUGCAGUGUCGAUUUUAACCUUACAGGGAAUUUCUUUUGUGUUUAUCCCUUUUGUAGUGACAAAGAGCAGGAGAAAACACAAUGGAAUGAAUGGGUUGACAGCCUC